AUGUCAGAUGCCAAGACCAAAGCCGCUGCUUUCCUGGCAGUGACUCUGCAGCGAGCUUGCCACAAUUCCUUCAUUGAGUGGGCCAAGGGUGACAAUGAACAUGCCAAGUAUACCGUGUCAAGCGUGAUCUUUGUUGCGCAAGUAGUUUGCGUCUUGCUUGGCUGGGUUUUGGCUCACAGCUCAGGGGGUUCCUCUGAGUUGAAGAAAUGCUUUGAUGUUGGAAACCUUUCGACAUUUGCGCAUAUUGGCUUGAUCUAUGCGCUGGGGGACAUCUUUGAGAUGGAGUCUGUGAACUACAUUGACUCAUCUACAUACACCGUGCUAUCCCAGUCGAAGCUAAUCAUCACCGCCACCAUGAUUUGGGUGAUGGAAGGGAAAGCCCAGAGCCUUAUGCAAUGGUUCAUCCUUUUCACGACUUCGUCUGGUAUGCUUGAGUAUGUCUUGGUUGGCAAAGCAAAGGGAGGUGCAUCGAGCCGUCGUUCUUACCUCUUUUGUUGUUUGUUCUUAAGGUUUUUGGCCGUUCAUGAGCCUAUUGCCUUGCAGUUGCGCGGAUGA